CGUUUUUCUUCAAAAGUUUGUGUAUAAAAUAAGCUUUCGGAGAGGAAUCAGCAGUUGCAUCUUGAUCUGUAACAAAUAUACACUUUAAUUCAAGUAAUUUAAUCAAAACUAAACUUGAUUAGUUAAAAUGAAUUUAAUUCAAAGUGGAAUUUGUAUUCUAUUGUUGUGUGUGGCAGCAAAUGCAGAAAUACCUGAUUAUAUAAAGGUGUGUAAACGAGACAAUGAAGAUAUAUCAGCAUGUAUUAUAAAAUCCGUGGAAAUCUUGGCCGAGAAAUUGUUAGAUGGAAUUCCAGAAUUGGGAGUUCCACCAAUAGAACCAUUAACAUUGGAUGAUUUACAAAUCAGCAAAGGAUUAAAAUUAAAUGUAACAGAUAUUGUUAUAAAUGGUGCAGGAAAAUUUAAAAUCAAGGAACUCAAAGCGGAAGUAAACAAAAAUAGAUUCGCUGUUCUGCUUCACAUUCCUGUUCUUGAUCUUGUUGGUAAACAUUCAAUCGACAUGGAAUUAUUAACAAUUCCUCUGAAAGGAAGCGGACCAUUCACAGCUAAAUUCACUGAAUUUACCAUUGGUGUCAAAAUGAAAGGACGUGUUGUGGACGAUAACGGCGUAAAUCGUCUUAAAUUUGAUCCGUUUGAUGUUCAAGUUGCAAUCGCAGGAAUAAAGCAGUUGAACCUUGAAGGUUUAUUCGAAGAUAAUCCCACAUUGAAAAUGGCUGGUAAAGCUGUGAUUGACGACAAUAUGGACGUUCUUCUUGAUGAACUUCGUCCAGAAAUUGAACAUUCAAUGAGCACAACUUUAACUCGUCUCGCAAAUCAAAUCACAAGCCAUUUUACUUAUGAAGAAUUAAAACUUACUCGUUUGAUUGAUGUUAUACUAAUUUCUUAUUGCAUUGACAUUAACGACAAAAAACUUUCCAUAAUGAUUAAACAAGUUCUCAGUAUAUUUGUGUUGUGUUUGGUUGGACUAACGACUUGUAUGAUACCUGAUUAUAUUAAACCGUGCAAGGCGGAUGAUCCUGAGAUUUCUAAAUGUAUUAUUCGCGCCAUAAAUGAACUCAGGCCGCAGUUACAAAAGGGAAUUCCGGAACUGGAAGUGCCGCCGAUGGAACCGCUUCAUUUGGAUGCUAUCCGGUUGACCAGAGGUAUUCAAUGCAAUGUCACAGAUGUCGAGGUUUGGGGACCGUCAUCGUUCGAAAUAACUGAAUUACGUGCCAACGUACCAAAAAAUCGUUUCGCCUUCAUCGUACGCCUUCCAUUCUUGCAAUUCAAAGGUCACUAUGAGCUGAAUUCAAGAAUUCUCGUGCUUAACUUGCGAGGAAGUGGGCCAAUUCACGGAAAUUUCACUGAUUACAGUUUUCAAGGAGUUCUGAAAGGCAAACGUAUUCAACAAAACGGAGAAGAAUACUUGAAAUUCGACAAAAUGAAAUUGACAAUCUUCCCGGGUCACACAGUAAUGCGAUUAGAUAAUCUCUUCAAUGGUAAUGCAGCUCUUGGCAGAGCGACCAAUGACGUCCUAAACGAUUCACAAGACGCCAUCUUGGAAGAAGUGCGACCUGCGCUCACUGACGCGCUCAGCGAACUAUUCACCAACAUAGCAAAUAAAAUCACACUGCGCUUUACUUAUAACGAACUAUUCUUAUAAAAUAUUCAUAUUUAUAAUAUUGCAUAAUAAGUUUUGCUUUUUCUUGCUAUGUUUGUUAUUUAGUGCUUUUCUUCUAUAUUUUAUAUAAAACACUAUUCAUCGCAUUGAACUAAAAGUACUUAUUGCUUAUACUUGACAUACAAUUGUUAAAGUAGUCAGUAUUAGACAUUAAUGUAACAUUAUCAUAUUGUAAGAAUUGUACAAAAGUGAAAUUUGCAAAAUUGCAAAAUCGAAGAAAAAAAAAUUAUACUUUUCCAAGAAAA